AGAGGAGGCGGGUCUGUGCUCUCUCUGGCUUUAGGGUAGGAAUGCACCGGAGGUCUCCCAGCAGCUCCUGUACUUCCUAAAGAUGGAUACCUGGACGUGUGUGCAUAUGAUAGGGUUACUUCAGCUGUCCGGGAGUUUCGCGUACGAUGGCUCUGGACACUGGCCAUACACCGAUGAUGAAGAUGUGCGAUACACAGGUGUGCCGUGGUGUGCUCCGGUGAAAGUCAAACACGGCCACAUCAGCUGCCAGACACCGCGUGGGGAGCGUUACAAGAACGUCCUGGGAGCUCGGUGCAAGAUCCGGUGUAAGACAGGCUAUGAGAUGCACGGAAGCAGCGAGAUCCUCUGCAUGGCCAGCAAGCAGUGGUCGGGAAACUACGCCUGCAGAGAGGUCCGCUGUCCUAAACUGGCCAUGCCGUCUAAUGGAGGUUUCAAGUGUUCAGACGGGUCCUACUUUAAUUCACGCUGUCAAUUCUUCUGCUCGCCGGGCUACACGAUGCAUGGAGUCCGCAGUGCCACCUGCCAGAGCAGCAGAACGUGGAGCGGUGGCAACAGCGCGUGUCUGGAUGUGGAUCCUCCUGUUAUUAAGUGUCCUAAUGUAAAGGAGAAGACAGCUGAACCUGGGAAACUGACAGCUAAAUUCACAUGGGAUACACCGGAGGGUAAAGACACUGCAGACGGCAUCUUAACAGAUGUUAUAUUGAAAGGAAAGCCAUCAGGCACUCACUUUCCGGAAGGGAAUCAUAAAUUAUCAUACACUGUUCUUGAUCGGGCUGGGAACAAAGCUUCCUGCAGGUUCAACGUUCGAGUGAAAGUGCGUCGCUGUACUCCUCUUUCUGUCCCUGACAACGGCUGGGUGAAAUGUGACAGCGCGGGUGACAAUUACGGGGCCACAUGUGAAUUCCGCUGUCUGGGUGGGUACGAGCUGAAGGGAAGCGCUGCCAGGGUCUGCCAGUUUAACAUGGAGUGGUCCGGCUUGGAGACUUCAUGUGUUGCCAUGAAUGUUAACGUCGGUGUGCGGUCGGCUGCUGCGCUACUGGACCAGUUCUAUGAGAAACGACGACUUUUGAUCAUCUCCGCACCCUCGGCUGCCAAUCAUUACUACAGAUUCCAAAUGACCAAUUUACAGCAUGCACAGUGCGGUCUGGACCUGAGACAUGUGACAGUGAUUGAGCUGGUGGGGGUGUAUCCAGCUCAGCUUGGCCGUAUCAGACACAGACUCAUUCCUCCAGGACUGGCUCUACAACUCAGGUUGCUACUGCAGCUCUCUCAGAACUCUUUUUCCAUGGUACUGCUGGAUAAACAGGGUGUGGAUAAGCAGCGCUACACCUUCCCAAUCACAGCAGCUGAGAUCUUUACCACCAUUGACACCUUUCCAAUGCGCACAGAGGAGGCCUUGCUACAGAAAGAGGCUGGACAGAGCUGCUAGAAACACACAUGGUUCCUCAUUCUUUUCUACUGGGUAUAAAUCUAACCAGACUACAAGAGUCUGGAUAGAGCUGCUACACAUCCAUUGAAAACACACAAAUACACGUCUCGGAAAAUCGAAUGCAUGAGUGAGUCUCUGUUGUUUGUCUUUUUUACGAAACUCUUACUUUAUUUUAUGUGUUUUAUGUGUCUCUAUUUGUCAAAAUGGACAGUCUACCUUUCUCAUGAAAUGCUACCAAAGCUAUGUUAAAGUAAUAAAGGCCUUUUUAUUGACUGAC